UGUAGAUUGAUAGGGAGCCUCUGCGUUCUUGCUGUGCACACACAUUCGGAUGUGACUGGAAUCUUUCGAAAGCGCAACUUUUUUUGGUUGCAGCUCAUUUCUAUUCACGAAUCGCGAAAGUUUCUCUUUACCGUUCGCUUGGACACGUUUUUUGGGACUUCAUUACGCACACGUUUUCCUUUAGUUCAUUUGUUGAAGAGUGCCAUUCAGGACAGCAACUCUGGUGCACAGAAGUCAGGAUGUCAAAUAUAUCUGUGAAUGACCAUCUUGAGGGGAUAUUGUCGGAUUUUGAGGCGUUGAAGAGGUCCUUCGACAUCGACGAUGUGGACGACAUCCCGGCCUUCUCCCCGUCCUCCUCUGUCGUCACCUCCCCCAUGAGCCCCUCCUCCACAUCCCUGCUCAACAAGACCAACGAGAGCAACCGCAGCGGCGGCGUCCUCCAGUCGUCCAAUCACCACGUCUCGUCCUCGCCAUACCGCUCGCGCAUCGGCGUGGUGGGCUCCAGCCCCGCCCAGAGCCCCGUGGUUCAGAAGAGCCGCAUGGUCUCCAGCCUGUCCUUCAACCGCGGCACGACCGGUAAGCCCGCCAUCCACGCCAGCACGGGCAUCAACCGCGCCGCCUCCUUCCAGAACAAGUUCAACCCCAACGGCUUCAAUACGUCGUCGUCGGGCCUGGGCAGCGACAACGACAGCCUGCACAGCUCCUCAUCCAGUCUGGAGUACCAGGCCUCCUCGUCCAAGCUGAGCCUGAGCUCCUCAGCCUACACCAGCCCCCCGCAGAGCCCCAUGGGUGGUGGGCUCAUGGGGGAGUACAAGCACCAGCAUCAGCAGCAGCACCACCACGUCAACAUCAACACCAGCACCAGCCCCGUGCCCGUCCUCAAGAAGUUCUCGUCCCACGGGAACGUGUUCCAUUCCGGGGAGCUGGAGAACCCGCUGGUGAUCCCGACGGAACCGAUCGGGAUGGGCCACAUCACCCACGGCUCCAUGCCUUCCCUGGACUUCCAGAUGGGCGAGAGUGGCGGUGGUGGUGGAGGCAUUAGGCGCAUGGUGUCCCCCGGUGGGUCGCGUUUCGGCAAUGUCGGCGCCGUGCAGGUGCUUCCGUCUGGGUGGCAGAACAACAACAACAACGUGCUGCCUCUUCAUCAGUGCCAGCCGGGUCAGAACAUGGGCCCGUACUCCCCUCCCACCCACCAGCGCUCCCCCAAGCCCCGGGAGCAGGCCAAGCUCAACAAGUUUCCCCUGGAUCUGGACAGCCUGGUGGUAGGAAACAAGCAGCAGCAGCAACAGGUAGUUGAGGUGGCCCCCGUCGCCCCCAAACCCCCGCCGAGAUCCUUCCUGCCUCGCUCCAGUAGCCCGUCCACGUCUGCCAGCCCCUCAGCCUCCAUCAGCAGCCUCGACAGCACCGACUUGUCCGUGGUCCACUCCCAUAUCCAGAACCAGCACCAGCCUCCAAGCAACAGCAGCAACAACAACCACCACAAUAACAACAACAAUGGGGAGAGCAACAACAACAACAACAAGAGAGAGCCCAUGUCACCACCACCACCUCCCUAUUCCCCCGGUGCCAUGCCAGUGCCCCGUGUCAGCCCCUCCCCGGUGCCCCUCUCCCCGGCACAGACCCCCAAGUUCAACCUCGCCUCUCAGCCCCAGGUGGUCCAGCUGUCUCCGGUCACUGCUGCUCCUGCAGUGCCGCCCUUCUCAAUGUCCAUGGCGGCCCACGAUGACACCGCCAACGAGGCAGACCUGGAGGACAACCAGGCAAGGGAGAGCGUGGGCUCCAUACUCCAGAGGAUCGCCUCCUUCUCCAGGUUGGAGGCGAAGGUGCCGGCCCCUGUCCCCGUCUCGAUCCAGAGCCCCAGCCCUGCCUCUCAGAGCCCCGUCCUGCCCCCCUUCAGCAAUGGCAUAAAGAGGGAGUCUCCACAAGUUCCAGCGGCACCUGCAGUGCUGUAUCAGGAAGACAACAGGCUGAACGACACAGCCCAGGAGCUGCAGCUGGAGCUGGAGCCAGCCGUCCGCAUGGAGGAGAGGGAGCGGGAGGUGCAGAAGGAGGUGGAGGUGGUUAUGACGGAGGACAACAGGCGAGGAGGAGGAGGAGGAGGAGUGGUGGUCGAGGAGCAGCAGCAGCAGCAGCAGCAGCAGCAGCAGCAGCAGCAGCAUCAGGAGGAGGUGAUGAUGAUGAAACAGCAGCUACAGCUGGAGCAGGAGCAGGAGCAGGAGCAGGAGCAGCACUCCUCCCCUCUGGCCCCCAGGGAGAACGGCGGCGGGCCGGGCGUCAUCACGGGCAAGGACCUCUUCGGCUACGUGGGCAUCGAGGCCGUGCUGGACCAGAUGAGGCGGAAGACCAUGAAGGCCGGCUUCGAGUUCAACAUCAUGGUCGUGGGUCAGAGUGGCCUGGGCAAGUCCACACUAGUCAACACGCUGUUCAAGUCCAAGGUCAGCCGGAAGUCCUGCACCCCCAACUACGAGGAGAAGAUCUCCAAGACCGUCCACCUGCAGUCCGUCAGCCAUGUGAUCGAAGAGAAAGGAGUCAAAAUGAAGCUGACGGUGAUUGAUACCCCCGGCUUUGGAGACCAAAUCAACAACGAGAACUGUUGGGAGCCCAUAGUGAGCUAUGUGAAUGAGCAGUAUGAGAAGUACCUGCGAGAGGAGCUGCACGUCACCAGGAAGCGCCGCAUCCCCGACAGCCGCGUGCACUGCUGCGUCUACUUCCUGCCUGCCACGGGACACCGGUUACGUCAAAUCGAUAUUGAGUUCAUGAAGAGGCUUGGGAAGAUCGUGAGCAUCGUGCCCGUCAUCGCCAAAGCCGACACACUCACCAUGGAGGAGAGGCAGGAGUUCAAACUCAGGAUAAGGCAGGAUCUGGCGGCCCAUGGUAUCCGCGUGUACCCCCAGCGGGAGUACGAUGAGGAUGUGGAGGAUCGGAUACUCAACGACAAGAUCAGGGAAAAUAUCCCAUUCGCCGUGGUGGGAACAGACAAAGAGCACCAGGUGAACGGAAACAAGGUCCUGGGAAGGAAGACCAAGUGGGGAAUCAUAGAAGUUGAAAAUGUUGCACAUUGUGAGUUUGCCAACCUAAGAGAUCUACUGAUCAGGUCUCACCUUCAAGACCUGAAGGACGUGACCCACAACAUCCACUAUGAGACCUACAGGGUGCGGCGGCUCAACGAGAGCAAUGCCAACGCCAACGGGCUCGGCCUGUCCUGCCUCCCCCUCUCCAUGUCCCUCGGCCUCGGCAUGGAGAACGGCUCCCUGGACAAGGACGAGACCGAGAGCCACCUCUGAGGAGAAGAGAAGGGGGCAGCGGGGACACACCGGGGGGGAGACGUGUGGAGCAAGAGAGAGAUGGAGAGAAAUGGAGAAAAGAAAGAAAGAAAAGAAGGAAGGAAGGAAGGAAGGAAGAGAGAAUGGAUGAGAAUGGAUGGGGUGGAAGUGGAAUUGCCGCCGCAUGGAGAAGCGUCCCUUCACUUCACUUCAGACUCCAGAUGGGAUGGAUGAUCCGCCAUUUUGUGUAAAAAGAAAGAAUGAAUGAAAGAAAUUUUAAAAAGUGAGGAGUGAGGAUUUGGGUUUUUUUAUAUAUUAUUUUACCCUGAGAAAGACUUGCGCUAGUCAUCUUUGGACCACAUAGAAAAUAAAGACGAUCCCACUUUGACUAAAAAAAGACUUUAUUUUUCUGCUACAUAAGGCAUUUAAACAGCAUAUACAAAUGUAUUUUUGUGAGAUCUGUAUUUUGGUAAUGGUUGGGAAGGUCGGUGUGUGGGGGGAAAAGGGUUGGCACAGUCAAAAAAACAGAGGGUGGGGUGAGAAUGUGCCUCAAAAAGGAGGUCUUCGUCUUUGUCAGAGGGAACUAGAGAAAGUAAGUGUGUGUGUGUGAGAGAGAGAGAGAGGGGAGAGAGGGAAAGGGGGCAUGAGAGACAGGGUGAAAGAGGGAGAGAGGAGAGGAGAGGAGAGGAGAGAGGGAGGAGACCGGGGUUCUGAGGCUUUGAUCAUUCAUUCACUCUCCCCUGCAGCUUUUCUUUCUUCCCUCCCCUCUGUCCCCUCUGUUCUUUCUUUCCUUCUGUAGUUCUGUCUCUGUCUCACUCACUCACACUCUCCCCAUUCUCUGUAAGUAUCUUUCUCUCUGUCUCUCUGUAGAUCUCUUCUCCUCUUCAAAUUGAAAGGCAGGGUGAAGAACUGUGCGGUAGGUGGUACACUGAAAGUCUGGAGAGGCCCGUGCACACUGACACAAUCACAUUCUGCAGACAGGGAGAGCUAUAGACCCCAAAUCAUUGCUUUAAAAAGCUCAACUGCACCUCUCUUAUGCUCGUAAUAUACAGUGCAAGUUCUGUGAUCCACGUACAGUACAACACAUAGGCCUACUGCAGUAUACAGUACUUUCAUAAAAUUUGUUUUUUUUUUAUUUUUCCAAACGUUAAACCAAUUAUUGUCUAUUUUGGAGAUUUGUUUUGUUGUUGUCACUGAUGUUGUCUUUAACUUUUUUAUAUAUAAAUAGCUGCUGUGGGGCGCAUGAUGUAGACAAAGUUAUAAAAUCCAUAUCUGAGUUUUUAAAGAUGAUGAGAGGAAUAACGAUUUUCAUACACUUUUAAAAUUACGUCUUGAUAAUGUUUUUCUUCCAGCAAUGCUUUAUUUUUACAGGGCCCUGAUUGGUUGAGUAGUAAAGGAUCUUUAUUUUGUUUAUACUGUAUGUAAAGGGAGUCGAAACAUUUCCUGUGCUUUGAAUAGUCACUGUGAAGAAUACUUGCAGCAAUAACGCCACCCUGUGGUGUAUGUAGUUAAUGGCAUGUGGAGACAGAGGAGGAUGUUCCCCCAUUUCAAAGGACUGAGGUAUUUCUUUAGUUACAAAGAUACUGUCACAUAGCUUAAUAAUGCAUUAUAUUGUUUAUUGUUCGAUUAUCUUUUUGGAUUUUUUUUUCAGUACUAUCAGUGAUUCCCAGAGUAAAUGGUACACCGCUCACACACACCUCAAAGCAAUACCACUUAAAUGCGCGUCUUAAAUACAGCUAUUUGCUCAUCCGUUCCUUGACAUAACUGUAUAUAUCUACACUUUUUAUUCACUCUCACUGCCAGCAAGAUAUUUUUGUAACUCAUCAUGUACUAACAGCUCAGUUCAGACCUGAUGCUUUUUUAUGCCCUUGUCUUCAAUAUUAAUAUACAUGUAAACUCCAUUGAUUUAUGAUUAAAUGAUUGUCACCGUAAAACAUUUGCCGUCUGUGUUUUUUA